AUGGAAAAAUACGACGAUUAUGAUUCCAACGAAGUUCGUUGUAGUGAUAGUGAUACAUCUGAUGUUCAAUCAAAUGAUGCUCAAGAGCACAGUUAUUCGGUAUCUAAUGGGUAUCAAAGUUUAGGUGAUGGCAAGGGCGAUGACAAUAUUCACAAUGUGGUCGAACUUGAUGCAAUUGUAGGUGAUAGAGUUGUGAAUAUUAAUUUCAUAAAUGCUGAUGAAAUUCGUGCUACUGAAUUUGGUAUUGUUGAUGAAGCUUUUGAAUUUUAUUAUCGGUAUGGUAAAUGUAAAGAUUUUUCCAUUAGGAAUAGUGAUGUUAGGACAAGAAGGCCUGAUGGCAGUAAAAUAACAGUAAUGAGGCUAUUUGUAUACAAUAAACAUGGUUUAAGAGAGAAGAAACACUUAUGUAGGGUUGAUAGAAAAAGAUAUCACAGACGUUUGACCCGUACUAAUUGUCCAGCUAGGAUUCGUGUGCACUACAAAGCCAACAAGGAUAGAUAUGUAGUGUUAGUUUUUGAAGAGGUUCAUAACUAUGAAUUAACCCUAUCUAGGUUUAUGAACUUACAUCCCAUUUAUCGUGAAACUUAUGAAGCAGAUAGAGCUCAGAUUGAUGGUCUUCAGUCACAUGGAAUUAGAACUUGUCAUAUAAUGGGGUACAUAGUUGCUCAGAAGGGUGGAUAUGCUGGUUAUGGGUUUAAAAAGAAGGAUUUGUACAUUUACUUUGAUAAAAAAAUGUGUGUUACUAUUAAAGACGGUGAUGUUGCGGGUUCUUUAAAUUAUCUAAAUGUAAAGUCAUCUACUGAUAUGACGCUAUAUGUUGAAUAUGCUGUCAACAAUGAUGGACGAAUGAAGUCUCUUUUUUGGGUUGAUGGAGCAAUAUGCCUGACUAUUUUUGUUUUGGCGAUGUGGUUGCGUUCGACACAAUAUACAAGAAGAACAAAUACAACUACCCUUUGGUAA